GAAAAUUAACUCCGUAUCCACAGUGCCAUAAAUCUAAUAAGCUGACAAACUUAACUCCGCAUUGCGUUCAUACUAGACUUAGCUUUCAAACUAUAUAAACAUAUCAUCUGUAACAAUUAAUCGACAUUGUAAUUUUUAUUAUUAUUAAAUCUAUUUUAUACACACAAAAGAGCAAUGUCCGUCACAACCAUCAAUCAAAUCUUACUUAAAAACCCAGUAUCCAAGGAUAUUGUCUACGAAUUUGGAAAGGAAGACUCCACUUUUGAACAUGGAUCAGUCAAGUUCGACGAAUCUUCUCUUAAGGAAGGACAAGUCCUUAUUAAGACCAUUUUACUCUCCAAUGAUCCAACCCAAAGAGGAUGGUUGCUGAAGGAAACCCCUGAAAAAGUCAGUCACAGAACUUAUGCUCCAGCAAUCAAGGCUGGUGAAGUUGUUCGUUCUUUGGGUCUUGGUGAAGUUGUCUACUCUAAGUCCGAAAAGUAUGUUGUUGGGGACAAAGUUUCAGCUAUGAUCACCUGGGCCGAUUACACCGUUGUUCCAGAAGCCCAAGUUUUCAGCAAGAUCGAUGAAUCAAAGGGUCUUCCAUUGACUAUGUACUUGAGUGCUCUCGGUAUGACUGCCUUAACUGCUUACUUUGGUUUAACUGAAGUUGGUAAGGUCACUGAAGGUCAAACUGUCGUUAUUUCUGCUGCUUCCGGUGCUACCGGAUCUGUUGCUGUCCAGAUUGCCAAGCAUAUCUUAAAGGCUAAGAAUGUUGUUGGUAUUUCCGGCUCUGACUCCAAGGGUAAAUGGGUUAAGUCUCUUGGUGCUGACCACGUUGUCAACUACAACUCUCCAACUUUUGCUAAGGACCUUGCCACUGCCAUUGGUCCAGAUUUCGCCGAUGCAUACUUUGACAACGUUGGUGGUGAAGUUUUGGACACUGUCUUGCCACUUCUUAAAGACCACGGUAGAGUCAUGGCAUGUGGUGCUAUUUCUGGUUACAACGACCCAUCUUUGGCUGCUGUUAAGAACUGGUUUGCUAUUAUUACUCAAAAGUUGACCGUUCAAGGUUUCCUUGUUAUGGAAUUCUCCGCCAAGGUUCCACAAGCAAUUGGUGCCCUUGUACAAGGUAUUCAAACAGGAAAGAUUAAGGCUGGUGAAGGUCUCGACUUGGUUGAUGUUUCCAAGGAUGAAAACCCACUCGAAAGUGUACCAAAGGCUUGGAGCCGUUUGUUCUCUAAGGAUAAGGGUCCAGGUAAGUUGGUUACUAAGUUGGUUUAAAUUGUAAUGAACGAUAAAUGAAAUACAUACAAAAAAAUAUUAACGAAUCCAUAUACGACAUAAAUUGUAGCUAAAUAUGUAAUUAUCUUCACCGC